AUGCAAUCAGUGAGGAGAAGCUCGCGAUUAACUCGCAACAACAACGCAGCAAAUCGAUCAACGCCGGCUCCUGAAACUGCUGGGUCCAGCUCUCGGAAAAACCCACGCAAAUCCUCUCAACGCCGAAUCAGAUGCACUCCGCCACCGGAGGACUCUGAACCUGAAGUGGAGUCCCUGUCCGAAGAGAACUCAUCGGAAGAUGAAGAGGACAUGCAGGAAGAGAUCCUUCCCAAAGAAACGAGGUAUGAGAACAGCCGAUCUGCGUUUCAGACACUGAAUCAAGAGAAACCAGACCUACUGCGACCAUCAAAGAGACCUCUGUCGGCCCGAUUCAUGACCCAAGGGGCUAGAGAAAGGUAUGUCAAUCUCAAACCGAGGCAGUUCAUUCACCAGCAACGCCUCUCUCUCACGGACAAGGACCUUCAAGAUGUCAAGAAGGUAGUUGCCGACGCCGGACUACUCUACACGGUUUGUGACUCUGACUCCUUUCAGCCGUCUGUAGUACGAGAAUUCAUAGCCAAUCUAGGUGAUGCUGAACCUCGCGGAGAUGGAGUUGCGGUCUAUGUACGAGGAUCGUUGGUGGAAUUCUCUCCAAGUUUGAUUAACACAAUGUACUGCAUCCCACAAUUGGAGGAAGAUUCGAGUUGGGUGAAUGAGAAUCUUGAUAAAGUCUGCACCCUCCUCUCUGGCAACAGAAUCAAACGCGGGGAAGACAUGAGCUCGAAGUACUUGACAGUCACAAAUCAAGUGUUAUACAAGCUAGUGUGCUCAAACUGGAUCCCAACGAUGAGCUACACAGCCAUGAAUGCAGAACGUCUUCGUUUCGUCUACAUGCUCUAUCAUCGGAGAGGCUUCAACUUCGGGAAAAUUGUCUACAACCAGAUUCUGAAAAUGGCUGAGAACACUGAAACCGAGAAGAAAAGAAGGAUCAUUUUGCCCACCCUAAUCCAGCAAGUCAUCCUUAUUCAGCGCAAUAUACCUCCUGACACCAGUGAUGAAGCGGAGUCAGACUUCCCUAAACUAGUUGUCAAGGACAAGAAAGCUGGUCUUGCCUCUGGAGCUGAGUCAAAAGAGCCAAAUCUCGAAGAAGACAUUGACCAAGCGAUCACCUUCCUCAAAGGAAUUCGCCGCAGGCUCAGGAGUAAGAUGUUUUUACGGGGUGAAUAUGGUCUCAGUCCCUAUCUAAUGGUUUUUGUCUUAAUGUGCAUCUCUGCAGGGGGAGAAUAUCCACACCAAAGGGAGAAUGAAGACACAAAGAGUGAAGACACAGAGAGUGGCUGA